AUGACUCAGUGCAGUGACCCAGAAAACAAUCAUCAUAACAGCAUAGUGGAGGGACGAAAGGAUAGCCUAAUUAGAACUUGUCCUACAUGUGGUCAUCAUAUCAAAUGCCAAGAACAGGGAGGUGGAAUUCAUGACUUACCUGGACUUCCUGCUGGGGUGAAGUUUGAUCCUACAGAUCAAGAGAUUCUUGAACAUUUGGAAGCGAAGGUGCGAUCUGAUAUUCACAAGCUUCAUCCGCUAAUUGAUGAGUUCAUUCCCACUCUUGAAGGAGAAAAUGGAAUCUGCUAUACUCAUCCAGAGAAGUUGCCAGGAGUUAGCAAAGAUGGUUUGAUCCGCCAUUUCUUUCACCGGCCUUCCAAGGCAUACACCACAGGAACAAGGAAAAGGAGAAAGGUGCAUUCAGAUGAAGAUGGCAGUGAGACACGUUGGCACAAAACAGGCAAAACUAGGCCAGUCUUCAACAGUGCCAAGUUGAAAGGGUAUAAGAAAAUCCUUGUACUUUACACAAACUAUGGAAAGCAGAGAAAGCCUGAGAAAACAAACUGGGUGAUGCACCAAUACCACCUUGGCAGUGAUGAAGAGGAAAAAGAAGGAGAGUUAGUGGUGUCUAAAGUUUUCUACCAAACACAGCCUAGACAGUGUGGUUCCCUCAUGAAAGACUCAUCAGUUCCUGGGAAACAUCUGAAGGGUCAAAGUGUGCAUGAGGUGAUCAAUAACAAAAACAAUAACAAUGGAUUUGUUGAGUACUACCAUUCAAAUUUCAUCUCAUUUGAUCAAGGUGGCCAACAUAGACCAACCACUGCUCAGGUAAUUUCCCAUUUUCCUGUCCAUGAAGGUGCUCCUUUCAACAUUCCUUGA